UAGCGCAGGUCAGAAAGCCUGAAACUUGGUGCACGCAUGGGACAUGGCGUGCAUGGAGCCCAAGUUUCGAAGUGGCAGCCUCACUACUAGGUCAAAAUGUAUUGGAUAAAUUAUUAGGGCCUACAUCAGAUCAAGACAGAUUGUUAGUGGUGGUGCAUGGGCAUGAUGCCAUGUCAUGGUGAUAUGGCCUGGCUAACGUCGUGAACGUGGAGUACCACUACCAGUCUCAGGGAUGCAGCAUACACCUGAACAUGCCUAAGGCUAAGGCAACCAUGACAACCCUUCAUCAUGUUAAUUUUUCAGCUUGAGGUACAAGGGUCACUGACUGAUCACACUACCUACAGGUCUUCACAUAUUAGCUCCAGGAUUUUGCUGGGUCUCGGGCCGUGCAAAUCUGCUUCAUCCCCAAGACCAGGUCUCUUUGUAAUGAGCCAGUGAGAUUUCAGCAGUCAGCAUGUCGGCCAACAAGAAGAGAGAAGACAGGGAGCAAAGAUUUAAACAUUUCGGGGAGAACUUCCGUGCCAAGCUGAUUGGCAUCGACCCCGUGGAAGAUGCCAGGGGCGAUAACAUGUGCCUGGCAUCCAUGGCAAAACUCAAGGCUCUGGUGAAAGCUUCUGGAGAACACAAACAACAGAUUAUCAUCAAUGUCUCGUUAGAAGGCAUCAAAAUCAUCGACCUCAAGACGCUGACCAACCUCCACACGCACGAGGUCAUCAAGAUCUCCUUCAUCUCCAGAGAUCCCAGCGACAAACGGGCAUUCGGUUACGUCUACGGCGAAGCUGGAAACCACAAAUUCUUUGCAAUCAAAACACAGAAUCAGGCUGACGAGCUGGUGUUGGCUCUGAAGGACUUGUUUGAGAUUGUGCUGGCCAAUAAACAGAAGGAAGUGGCUGAGCAGAAGAAACGGAUGGAGGAGACCACGGUGUACCUGCAACCCAGCUACGACAACCCCUUGGGGUCCCCGACCUCCAAGGCACCUGCUGAGAAUGUCUACUCUGAGUCCCCGGUCGCAAAACCCGCUGAGCCAGCCCAGGACAACCUAGUCAGCCUGGAGAGCCAAGUCAGCAACCUUCAAAUGGGUAUCACGGCAAUGGAGCAGCUAGACCUCAAUGCUGCCGAACCAGACCCCUUCAGCCCUAAUGCAGCAACGCCGGUCACUCCCACGAAUGACCCUUUUGCACCUGCGCCGUCAGGCCCUCCCCAGCAGCCUCCACCCCCACUUCGUCCCCCGCAGGCAGCCCCACGGGCGGCCCCGAGACUGGCACCACCUGUUGCAGCUGUAGUGGAAACACCUGCCGCAGCCCCAGCUCCUGUAGCCGCACCAGCAGCGACUGAACCAUCUGGAGAUCUGUUUGGCGAAGCACCGGCACCUGUUGUCACGGAGCAAUCCAAACCCUCAGAUGACCUCUUUAAGGAGUUUAAAGACACCUUCAGUGCUCCCCCACAGCCUGCUGCUGCAUCCACGAACCCAUUUGGUGGCGGAGGCAUGGGUGGUGGCUUCGGCAUGACCCAGCCUGCCAUGGGCGGGUUCCAGCAGCAGCCAGCAUUUGGCCAGAUGCCCAUGGGAAUGGGCCAGCAGCCCAUAGGAAUGGGCCAGCAGCCCAUGGGAAUGGGCCAGCAGCCCAUGGGAAUGGGCCAGCAGCCCAUGGGUAUGGGUAUGGGCAUGGCUCCCAUGGGAAUGCAACAGCAGCAGCAGCCGCAGCAGGACCUUUUUGGCGGGACCACACAGAGCUCGUCCAACUCCUUUGAUGCCUUCACCUUGCAGCCGCAGCAGGUCCAUCCAAAACCAGUGGAGAAAAACGGGGGGCCGGCCAAAAAGCCGGACCCAUUUGGAGAUAUCGCAGUCCUGGGUUCAGCUCCCACCGAUGCCAAAGAUCCCAAAAAGAAGGACCCAUUUGCUGGCUUUAAAAUGGCCAAGCCAGGUGAAGUGAAAGUGCCGGAAUUCAGCCAGUCUGGAAACACCGCUGCCAGUAAUGGAGCAGCCUCGGGUAAUGCCCCUUCACUAUCCCUUGAUUUGGCAAAAUCACAUGACAUCUCUGAGGAAUUUAGCCUCCCUUCACCACAGGGUCCACCUCCGCCAUUGCCCACGAACAUCUUAAGCCAAGGUGUUGGUAUCAGUUUGAAUCUGGACGAUGUUGGGGACAUUCCCCCACCUCCUCCAAGGAGGUCUAGGAGCAGUGUGCCUUCUGAAGGUUCACCGCUUCCUGUUCCUCUGCGCACUAAUCUUCAAUCCCCUGUGUCCCCAAGUUCAUCCACAGACUCACAUGAAUCCGAAAGUGCAUUAAGGACUACACUUGAUACCACUAACACCAGCUUAACGAUCCCCUCGCUAACCAGAAAUCCUUCCUCAUCACCCUCAAACUUGGCUUCCCUUGCCAACGACGGCACGAAUGUGCAUGGCAGUGGUGACGGCUUGGCAAACGCAGCGUCAGACCUCAACUCAACUCAUUCAAAUAGCAUGGGAAACCUUUCCUCACUGGGUCAUGGGUUGAGUUCUCCCACGGAACAGGGCAAGCUGCAGGCAUCCCAGCCCAGCCCUAUAUCACUACCUGACUCCAACUCAUUAACAAUUUCACUGCCAACAGACUUUAUGCUAUCUAGUAGACAGUCACCGCUUUCAUCUCACCAAUCAUCAUCAUUGUCAGUUCCAUCCCAAACCACCAGCAGCAAGCCCACAGACUCAACUAGGCUAUCUCCACUCUCGGCCUCUAUCGGUUCUCAGGAUGUGCUUUCAAGCUCAGCACCGGUGUCAGACUCAUUUUUCAACCAUCGUUAUGCCCAUGCUUCCAUGACCUCUUCUGCCUCCAACCCCUUGCUGAGCAAAAUCACCGUGCCAAUCCUGCCUGUUACUGACGACCCUUUUGCGGAUGACCCAUUCUUGCGUGGCUCUCCAACUGUCAAGAAGGUCUUCGUACUGCCGCAAAAGUUUGAUCCUCAUGCUAUUGUCACGUCAGUCCCGGCAUGCACUGGGGGCGCUUUCACAUCAGCAUCCUUUUCAUCAACUUCAUUCUCAUCACCCUCACAACAAACAAAUGCCACCACCACUAAUUCAGUAAAUGACUCAAAUGGUAGUAACGGUGUUUCUGGUGUGUGGGCAGAUCCAUUUUCAAUCGGAGGAAGCGGAGGACAGAGUGCUCCUAAAGCUGCCGGUGGACAACCCUUAUUUGACGACUCCCCAUUCGGUGCCUUUGAUUUCAGCAACCCUGAUAAAAACUGAGAUGAUAGGCGCAGAAUCUUUUAGCAUCUGAAUCAUGCCCAGCGCCGGCUUGUAGAGGAUCAAUUAUGUAACACACUUUGUGUACAUUGUAACAGUCAUUCAAUAUAAAGGAUGUGUAGAAGAAAUUUGGAGUUGGAAGGUGACACUCAUAACCCAGUUAUCAGAUGAACUGUUUUUGCAAUUACGAGAUGGCGUGUUUGGGAGGCAAGAUUUGGUCUUGUCAAGGUCAGGUGUAAAGUUUGUACGCACAGUACAUGUCAGUCAAGUUUGAGGUGCAGUAACUGAACGUGACUUGCCAAUUUCUGGUGCAACAGACAAAAUGACCAGUAUUCCUUUUAUUAGAUUUUAUCCCUGUGUGCUGCCGUGAGAUUUACAUGUAUGUCGUUCAGUAAUAGCCAGGUACUUCUACAUUCUAGCUGGCUGGUAAGUUGGGAGUAUCAAGUACCGGUACAUCAAUCAGGAGAGGUUCAGUGCCAAAAUUAUUUUUCUUUGGGUUGCAUGUGAUGUAUACAUUUGGGUCUGGUGUCAAAGAAAUCAGUUGAGAAGCUCUCAGAAAAUGGUGAGAACAUUUUCAGCAGUAAGUUUCAAACUUAAAAACUUUCAAUGAUCACAGCAAAAUCUGAAACAGUAAAUCAUACAAUACGGUGCUUAGAUUCUUAGUGAAAUGCAAAAAGAAAUUAUGGCUCACUAACAAAGAAUUUUGUUGAUAAUGAAGUUAAGGAUUAGCAGUCAAAUAAUUUGACAGUCUGUGCUGUGCCAUGGGAUGCAAUUUCACUUUUUCAAUUAUACAGGUUUUUAUCCUAUUGAAGUUGUAUCUUUUGAGAGAAAGAUUUCACAAUGCAUUAGCAAAGCAGAUUUCUCAAACUUGUUUUCCUUUAGAAUGCUCGCAAGCCUAGUGUGACACUUGCAUACAUUUAGUGUACUUCAAGUCAGGUGCAAAUCUUAGGGUCUUAAAGUGUAGGGAUGUUUCUCAUAUGAACACAAAUUUAUUUGGUGUGCAACUCUUACUGCCUUGAUUAUCUGAACUUCAAACUUCAGUGUAACUUAAAUGAUGUACAUGUAUAUCCAAUACUUAAUCCAGUCUGAUGACCCUGGAUUCCUCAUGGAAUAGAGUGGAAGAUGAGAUGAUUCUUUAGUUUUGGAGGCUGAUGGUUUUAAACUGCCAGGUUUUCUGCUCGGCAUUCAUUUUUACACACUCCACUUCUUGAAUUAACAUUACCCACAACAGGCAUCUGAAACUUUUUGUGUACAUACCAUUGCCUUGUACUGCUAUUUUUGCUACGCCAAAUUGCAGCUUAACGUUUGUAAAUUCCAAGUCGCCCCACCUUUGUUGUACCGUCUCAACUAAAGAUGUUGUUUGUAAUACUGCUCGGUAUAUUUUAUUAAUUUUAUUUUUACUGCCCCUUCCUUUUCCGUCAACUACUCGUGCAUUUUUCUUUGUAAUUCAUGAAUAAUAAUAUAGAUGUAGAUGGUUACUUUCCCUUUUAGUGCAUUGUUCCAAAUUAUAUCAGUUUUAAUGCUUUUAUUUUAGGGGGGGUUCCAAGAUAAUUGAUCUUGUUUUACAAUUGUACUGGCAGUCUUGGUCUUUAAAUCACACAAAAAGUUUUAUUCGUUGGUAGUUUUUUAUACACCUCUAACUCAAUGAUUCUCACAGUAGUGCACUUACACAUAUUUGUGUCCUACAGUUGGGGUGACCACGCACGAAUUGAGCAGUAGUUACUGUGGUGACCCAAAACACGGAGACACACUCUAGGUCCCUCAGUCUUGUCCAAGUUUUCCUAAGAGAGAAAACUUGUUGCCAGUCGGCACACCAUCACAUGCACUGGUGUCGAUAAAAAGGCAUCUCCAGUUACCGAUUCUGAAGUGGUCACCGUGAGAGACAUUCUUCUGUAGUUCUCAAGAUGUUGAUUAAAAGGUGACCUACUCUGAAUAAUGACCAUGCCAAACUUCAAACCUUACAAGGUUUCGUGUUACACUCAUGACUCCCACUGUCACAUACACUACUGUUUUACCUGUUGGUAUUUGACAGGCAGAGAAUACACCCAUAAGCAUCAGCAAUCUUUUUUUUUGUGGGAUGGCUUGUGUUGUGACAUUUUCUUGUGUUACAAGAAGCCAAGAUCUGUUAUAAUGCAAGAAAGGUAUAAUCUGUGACACCUCACCCACAGAUUCAGUAUCCUGAUUGGCCGACAGCAAGGCACAUGGGAUUCACUAGUUGAGCUUUCUUUUUUUCAAGAUGUAUUUGAGCUAUCUUGUUGUGCACAGCCAAAAGAACAAUACCAGUCGCAACCAAAGUACUUUACCUGGAGCCAGUGGCAUAACUAGGGGCUAUUACGUCCUGGGGCACCUGGGGGACCCCCCUCGGUGUACAGGUACACAUAACCAGGGGCAUUGCACAAUGUAUUUAAAUGCAUACUUGCGUUCACGUGGGAGAGGUGCUGACUGCUUUAUCUCGUGGUGUUGCAAAACUAAGCCUCCUAGAGAGAUCAAUGGAGUACAUUUAUUCCAUUUCUCGCCUUGGGAAAACAGAAUUCUCCAUGGAUCACUGGGGAAGGCUAGGUUUACUACACCUCUCAAAGCAGUCAGUGUAGUCGUAUAUUAGAUCAAAAAUGAACAGAUUCAUGCGUCAUCUGAAUGUACCUAAAUGCUACUGGUACAUCAUUGAAAGACAUUUGUCAUAUACAUGUAAGCUGAAAGGUCCUCUUUUGAUGCCGUUUUGUUUUAUUUAAGAACAAUAUGUUAAAUUCAUCCCAAACUUCAUGCUUAAUUUUAUUUAACCAUUAAUUUUUACAUUAUCUUAAAUAUAUCGAAAUCUAUUACCAGACUUUGCUUGGCUAUUUACAAGAUUGUAAUCAAUGCUCUAGUGUGUUCUAUUCUUGAUAUAGUAUACUCAGUACUUCUGCCAGUUUAAUUUUUUUUAAAGUAAAUGUAUGAAUCCUCCGGGGGGGGGUCAGCUGUAUCAAUCAGUGUCCUUACAUGCUUUAAGCUUUUAAAUGUUGCAAAGUAAACUCGGCCUUGUAGAUUCGCAAGAUGCAUGUUAUUGCUCGAGAAACUGUGCAAGACAAGGGAGCUGAUGCUUGCUGCUGCAGUUGAGUAGGAUGCCAUUUUAUUGUGUGUCCCACAGUACACACUCAAAUCCUUCAUAAAGGCACUGUUGAGAUUUUGAGACAGGCUGUGCGUGGUAGGGAAAACUCCUUUUUGCAUGCGUUGUGGAACAAAAGCACUGGCUUGCAAGAUGGUAGCAUGCAAACACUCGAUAUCACAGGAAUAAUGAUUGUUCAGGAGUGAAGUGGAAGGAAUAAUUUUAUGAAGUAAGAAAUGGAAUGCUUCACUCGGUUAUUAUUUCUAUUUCAUGAGUGUUAAUGGUUCAUUUUUGUUUUUAUACAACUGAAUCAUCAAUUAAUCCAUGCAUCACUGGCAUGACGGGUUUAGAUAUCUUUCAUAGUUCUGCCAAAGGUCAACUAUGCAGCGGGUUGAUAGACAGCUGAUUCCGUUUUCCAGUUGAAUGAAACGCUUGUGAGUUGGGACAAAUGAUUGAUAGACAGGUGAUCAAUGACCUGCCAACUUGUAUGUUGUUUUCUUCGCUCACAAUAAUUUUCAAGUUUGCCAGUUUGACAGAUAAAAGUAUUUCUAUUGGAUUUGCUGACAUUGAAGUGUCAAUCUUCCAUCAGCUUCACUCGUGUAAUUUCAGGUACAACCUGAUUUGUAUGCACAUAGGAUUCUAGUACACAGAUCAUGCGGGUACUUUCUUGUCCGCAGCAAUAGAUGUAGUUGGCCAAAUUUCCUGUCCAAAUGUUCUCCUAGUGCUGCAUUCUCAAGUUGGAAGUAAAAUUCCCACCAGCUCUGUCACAUUACGCAGUAAUUACCUAUAGCAGUCAGUUUUUGGUUCUUCAACAUUUUAAGAACGAAUUGGCAUUGAUUUUUGCUCAUAUUUCAAUUUAUUUUUCCGUGUAUCAAAACAGAAAAAUUGAUUUUCUAAGUAUUUGGUAUUUUUUGAGAAAUUUGUUACAUGUAUUUUUCAGAUCAGUUUGAUUUAUUAAUGUCAGUUUUAAUUGGGGAACAUUUGGAAUAAUCCAAAAGAUUCAUAAAGAAAUGCUUUCCACAUCUGUGUACUGCCUUAAAUAUUUCUGUCACCAAUAAUAUUUGCAAUAACAUUUAUUAUUGUAAUCUUAAAUCCUAUUGCAACUUUGUAGAUUCAAUAGUUUUCUAAAAAAAAGUCACCAUUUUUAUUCCUAAAACAAAACAAUUAUUGAACAUUUCUUUUAUUUUAUCAUAAUGUUAUUGCCAAAAUGGAACUUAAAUGCAUGACAGGUUUGUUUCUAAAUGAUGUAAGAUGAAAACUAAAAUAGAAAAUAUUUCAUAUGUUACCUUCUUAUAAUAUGCAAAAUCUAUUUUCAAAGAAUUGGUUAAAAAUGAAAUAAAACAUGAUUUAAAAUGGA